AUGUGUGCUAAGAAUAUUGGUUUAGUCCGGAAAUGUCGGCGUUCAGCCUCUGUUUGUAGUUUGAUGGAUCCUUGGGGCAGUGAAGUUCAACAUUCUGAUUCUGUCCCAGAAUUCGAAGAUAACUUCCAACCAACGUUAGAAUACGAGAAACUUUCUGAUUCGGAACAAUAUCUCGCUGUUUUAGAACGCAAACUCAAGGCAAUCAGAAAGAAGAACAAGGUCGUUGAGAAUCUCGCAGCAUAUCGUGCGGAUUGCAUUGACCGGUUGAUGAGAGAAGGCUGCGACUUAGAUCCUGUGAUAGGUGAUACUGAAGACGAAAAGCUGCUUCAGGACGAGCAAGAAUAA